AUAUACUCUUGGUUGAAUAUCGCCGACGGACCGGCCGGAAUUUAAUCUGAAUGAAAACAUCAGAGAUAAUAAAACUCGCUACUUAUAAUCACGAACCUGAACAUGGGUCUAAACUAAAAUUGGUUUCGAAUUCAGGCCUGAAAAUCUCGAUUUCCUUAGGUGUAUUGGGUGCUGCUGUUAUAGCUUUGGCGCUGAAAUUCACACGGUUCAUCGAUUUCAGCUCUUCGUAUGAAGAAUUCGAUUCGCCCAGGUUCUGGGUUGUUCCCGGAUUGGAGAAUCUCGGCAACAAUUGCUUUCUCAAUGUUGUUCUUCAGGCUUUGGCAAGCUGUACGAGCUUUCGAAAAUAUCUCGGUGAGAUGGUGAAGGAGUAUGGAUCAUUGUCAGAUGAAGAAAGAGAUGAAAAUAUACCACUCGUUAAUGCAUUGACUUCACUAGUCGAAGAGUUAAGUACCGUUCGGGAUAAAAACACAACACUAAGUCCUCGUAAAUUGAUGGUCGCAAUGGAUCGUUACAUUCCAAAUUUCAAUCUAACCAGUCAACAGGAUGCUGAGGAAGCGUUUUCUCGUCUUUUGUCUUCUUUGAGAGAAGAAAUAUCGGAACAUUGUGUCCCCCAAAAUGGCAGCUUAGCGGAUUUGCCCAUUGUUUCGAAUAGUAGGAUUGUUACCACAAAAAGCAACGAAAAAGAAAGUGAAUUGCAAAAAUGGAACCGCAGUUUUCUUAAACCGUUUGACGGGAUUCUUGGCAGCAUCUUAAUUUGCCAGAGCUGUUCGUUUCAGAUUUCUCUGGAUUUUCAACUGUUCCACACUUUACACCUUUCGCCUCCACUCAGCAGCGACGAAACAAUUAUGGACGGAUGCACAUUGGAGGAUUGCCUUAAGCAAUUUUUCGUAGCGGAACAUAUCGAGAAUUAUUGCUGCAGUAAUUGUUGGCAUACUGCUGCAAUCGAUUAUUUGUCUGUUUUCUCUUCAGAUAAGACGGACAUUGAAAAACUCCAAAGAUGUAAUAAGAACGAUUCUUGCGAGUGCAAAUUUUUUUCUUCACUUGAAUCUUUUCCUUGGUUAAACAGAUUCUCUCGUACUUUCAAGCAAAUGAGUAUUGCACGGAGUCCUAAGAUUCUAUGCAUUCAUUUGCCACGAGCUUCAUAUAACAUGUUUGGGGAAUCAGUAAAACUUCUGGGUCAUAUUUCUUUCCCUUCGAUAUUGUAUUUGUCACCGUUCAUGAAUACUGGAGUGGAAAUAAAAAAUAUGGAGCCGAAUUUGCAAGUUAGUCCCUUGAAUCGACGUAGUAGGGAAAUAAGGUCCUUCACUUAUUCCAAUUACCAAAAUCUGCUACUCGAUCCAGCAAAAUUAAAUUGCAAAUCCACCGCAGAAAAAAGUGUUUCCUCAGAAACAAUGCUAGAAGUUCCGGAAGCUUCCAAGCCUAGCUCGUCCGAUUCUACAAAAUCUGCUGAUGGCAAUAUGGAUGUAAAUCUCCGACUUUCGCCAGUUCGGCAUCAAAUGUACCGACUCGUAUCAGUUGUGGUGCACUACGGAGGCGGCGGAGACGGGCAUUACACAGUUUACAGAAAAGUUAGAGCCAAGUUAGGUGACGAAAAUAAUUUUGUUGCUUUAUUAGAAUCUUCGAUCGAGCAAUGGUUUUCCAUUUCCGAUUCUCAAGUUCUUUCCGUCUCGGAGAGAGACGUUUUCGAUGCAAAUGCCAGUAUGCUCUUUUACGAGAAAAUCGAAAACUCCUGAAAUUUUUUUUUUAAAGUAGGAAAAGUCAUUUUUGCCCUUCAAAAUUUUGGGGCAUCUUUUUUUUAUAUACAGAAUAAUUGGUUUUUUUGACAUAGUGAGUUAUUGUUAUUGGCAAUUAUUUACCAAGGAAAUAAACCAUAUUUUUUUAUUUUU